CGGUCUCUCUUGGGGUAGUUAUACACAAUCUUUGGUAAAGCUGUAAAUUUGCAGCUGUAAGAUUUACGUUACGUAAGACUGAAGAACUUGAUUACAAUUUAAUUCCCUAAACCCCGCCUCCACAAUACACAUUCAAAUGAACAGCACAUAUUUGUCCUAGGGCUUUCCACCCUGCAUAACACACGUUUUUUCAUACGAAAUAUAGUCAGCUAAUAUUGAAACUCUGAUUGCAAUAUUGUCCGUAACGAAAAGUCUAUAUUCUACUCCACACACUGUACUGUGAUAAGAGUAGCCUACAGAGUCGGGAAAUUGUAACAUUGUAUCCAUCAUUGUAUCUGUCGUUAUUCAACAUAAAAGGACAGUGCAGUAGAGGGGGCAUGUCCGGAUGAAAGAAAUAGCGCUACUGUACACGAAAGCAUAUCUCCAUUUGCAACAGGUGGCAGUCGAUGUCAAUUAGAAAUAGCACGGUAUCCUUUACCUGGCUGGCGUGCAUUACCGAGAAGAGGAACUAAACGCAGUGCGGCUUACCCUGGAGUAACCAUCACAUCAAGGAUUUCGGAAAUUCAGGAAAUCAAACGGAACUCUUUUCUGAGGUCCUCACGCUCCUCUCAUCAUCCACUUCUUCCACACUCUCUCUCUCUUGUGUGUGAUCGUGAUGGCGUUGUGUGUGUGAGACAUGGCCCCCUCUCUGACCACCCUGGGGAAGCUGCCUGUGGUGCGCUGUCGGCUGCUGCAGCGCUACGAGCACCAGCCCUUUGUCUCUUGCCUGGCCGGCCUCUACGGCUGUCAAUGGAGACGCUACCAGAGAACCCGUGCCACGCCGGGAGACUGCUGCUGCAGCAAGUUGGAAUGUGCCAGCUUUGCACUCCUCAUCGUGACAUUCUGUCUCACACUGGUCUUCCUCUACUUCUGGAGUGAAGCUCAGAAUGACUACAAUGAUUUUGACUGGUUUAACUUUGGGAACCUGGGUUUCUGGUUCCCCUGGUCUGUGGUGUUGCUGGUCAUCGCUGCCGUCUUCUUCAGCUACGUCACUCUGCUGCUGCUGUUGGCUGUGUGUCUGCUGUCAGAGGGACAGAAGCUGUACCUACACUGGGGCCACAAGAUUGGGGUCCUGGUGAGUCUAGCCUUCUCCAUUCUGGCCAUAGCAGUGCUGUCUGACCUAUGUAGCAAAGAGUGGACCACUCUUCUCCUCUCUUUCCAGGUGACGGCACCAUAUUUACACGUGGGAGGAGUCUUGCUGAUGACACUCCUGUCCUGGCCAAUAGCCUUGCAUUUCUACGACAUCAAUAGGAAAGUUGGGCAGGUGCUCAUCAUGGGGCUGUACCUGGCGGUGCUGUGUGCCCUCUACCUGGUGCCCCUGGGCAUGUACUCACCCUGCCUUAAAGAGGAGGGCACUCUGGGCCUCGCACCAGCCCUCAUCGGGCACAGAGGGGCACCCAUGCUUGCGCCAGAGAACACUCUCAUGUCCUUUGAGAAGGCGGUGGAGGCUGGAGGGCAAGGUCUAGAGACUGACGUCACCAUCAGCUAUGACGGGGUGCCCUUCCUGAUGCACGACCACACCCUGAGGAGGACCACCAACGUGCAGGAGGUGUUCCCCAACCGGACGGACGCCCCUGCGGCCAUGUUCACCUGGGGGGAGCUGGAGACCCUCAACGCCGGGGCCUGGUUCCUCCAUCGUGACCCGUUCGGCACGGCUUGGUCUCUGGGUACCGAGGACCGGGCGCAGGCGCAGAACCAGUCUGUUUGCACCUUCAAGGACUUUCUGGAGCUGGCUUCACAGAGAGGCAAACAGGUUAUCUUUGACCUCUACCGGCCCCCUAAGGGACACCCCUACAGGGACACCUGGAUCACACGCACCCUGGAGGUCAUCCAGAAUGAGUCUUCCAUCCACUCACACCAAGUGUUGUGGCUGCCCUCAAACCUGCGGAGCCUGGUCCAGCAGCUGGACCCUGACCUCCAGCAUACAUCGGCGUCCCGGGUUCCAGUUGAGGAGCUCCAGCAGAAUCACAUUGUCCAACUCAACCUGCACUAUAGCUCCAUGUCCACAGAGAUGAUAAUUGAAUAUGCAGCGGCCAACAUCAGCACCAACCUGUAUGUGAUCAGCCAGUCGUGGCUCUACUCUCUGGCCUGGUGCACUGGGGCUCAGUCUGUCACCACCAAUGCUCUACAGUUCCUCAACAACCUCAGUAGACCCCUCUUCCUUAUGACUCCAGGUGAGUACAAUCUGAUGUGGGUCCUCACUGACGUGGUGUCCAUCACCAUCAUCUUCAUCAUCUUCAUCUUCCACUGGUGGCGAGAACAAAGCCUGGCUUUCUGUUCGGGCAGCAAACCCACACUAGAACAUGGCACCUACAUCAAGUUCAGGACAGAUGUGUGGUCCGUCUCCAGUGUCAACAUCCUGGGAGAGCCCGCUCGAAGCCCGCUGGCCACUGAGCCUAACUUGGCAACCGUCUCAGAGCACUGAUAACCAAUCCAUCAACCUCCUCUGUGAGGCUCAGUUGAAGCAAACCACUCCUCACUCUCCCUUUCAACUUGGCAACAUCCCGGACCCCAAACUGGCAAUUCACCAGAAUCGACCCAACCUGGAAACCCAGGACCCUACUGGAAACCGAGAGCACAACCUGGCAACCCCCUGUAGAUUUGUGGGAGAGAAUGAGACACAAAGUGAGUGAGGCCUAGCGGAGCUGUAGGUGGUGCUGAUGUGUCACUUGCAGAAGCGAUUUCAUUGGAUAGAUAUUAAUCCUUAAGACAGGGCUGCCCAACUCUCUUCCUGGAGGUUGGGUUUUCAGUUCAAACCUAAUUUAACACACCUGAUUCUACUAAUUAGCUGCUCAAUGAGACCUUAACUAGCUGAAUCAAAUAUGCUAAAGUAGGGUUGGACUGAAAACAACAUACAGGACAGUAGAUCUCCAGGAAGAGGGUUGGGCAGCCCUGCCUUAAGUCAAAUGUGACUGAAGAACAGCCCAGACAACCUCAAGGACCAACCAACUCAUCGUUCAUACUAUAGACACUAUCUGGUGAUGGGAAGAGAUUACUACACUAUUGAACGUCCGCUGUAGAUAUUCUCAACUUGUAUUACCCUCCAUUGUCCAUAGGUUCCUUUCCAUUUCAGCAGCCACUGCAGUGUUGAGUUACGUGAACCACAAAUGCUUGACCAUUUUGUUAGUGUGUGAGUAAUGGUCGAUAAGAUGUGUGAAUAUGACCAGACCGGGGUUCAUUUAGUAUGUGUUUGUUUUCUUUUGAAAUACUUUAGCUGUGCUUGAUUGCCCUUUCCUGGCAUAAGGGAACCAAUGAAGUAGUCCCAAAAAGUGCACUCUGCCCAUCUGGGAUCUGGCACUCCUCUCAAGCUUCGUUUCUACCUGCCGCUUACAGGCAUCCUGUGUCCUGAUCUGGCACUCCUCUCGAGCUUCGUUUCUACCUGCCGCUUACAGGCAUCCUGUGUCCUGAUCUGGCACUCCUCUCAAGCUUCGUUUCUACCUGCUGCUUACAGGCAUCCUGUGUCCUGAUCUGGCACUCCUCUCAAGCUUCGUUUCUACCUGCCGCUUACAGGCAUCCUGUGUCCUGAUCUGGCACUGCUCUCAAGCUUCGUUUCUACCUGCCGCUUACAGGCAUCCUGUGUCCUGAUCUGGCACUCCUCUCAAACUUCGUUUCUACCUGCCGCUUACAGGCAUCCUGUGUCCUGAUCUUGUCCACAUUCAAAUUGUGACCACAUUUUCAGUCUACACAUGCUAUUAAAAUGUAUCUUAUGUGUCCUCAUUGUGACCAGAUUUCCUGGUCAUUCCCUGUAAAGUCAAUUAUUUGACAGAUAUUCUUUCAGAAUUGUUAUUCACAUAUUGAUGCCAUAAAGCAAUGGUCCCAUCUGUGAAUGGUUUUAGAGGGUGGGGUAAUGAUGAUUUGUAAAUUAUUUCACUGUCCAGAUCCGUCUACACUUGCAAGGCUGCGUUUAGACAGGAAGCACAAAUCGGGUCUUAUUUUCCACUAAUUGCUCUUUUGCCUGUAAUUGGGCAACAUUUCAGAAUUGGGCUGCCUAUCUAAAUGCAGCCUGCGUGCCUGAGGCCGUGUCUAGGCUUGACAGUUCAUGCAGGUUUAGUAUUCUGAUCAUAGAGUUCUGAUCAUGGAAUUCCAAACGCGUCAUGUGUCUACACCUACAUUGAAAUGCGUCUACCGUGUCCGCAUUCCCUUUUCCCGCGCUAUAUUCAAAUGCCAGUAUGCAUUCUACAAACGGUGGAAUAGGGAUAACAUGAUAGCUACUGCCAUCAGUCUUUGUGUUAACUACUGUAGCUAGCUAGCCAGCAAGCAACGCAAAAUGAAUUGCAAACGGAUUAGCAUAACUCUAGCCAGAACAACAAAACGUUAUAAUGAAAAGGUUCCUCUCGGUCCCAAAACACUUUUUCUGGAGACUUGUGGGAGGAGUGCUGAUGACGUUACCCAUUGUAUGCACUUUCAGCAGCCUGAUGCGUCCAGACUGAGGAGAAAUCCGCCUCCUGAAGUGGUCAGCCAGAUCUGAACACAAUCAGACCACAAAGCGACAUUUGUGCGUCUAGAGACCCAUCUUUUCAAUGCGAUCUUCCUAUUCUGAUAGCAGAAGUCAUGUAAGUGUCAAGUGUAGACAUGACCUGACUACCUCCGGAGGUCGGCAGGAACAUAUGAUCACAAUGUAUUUUGAUUGUCUACACCUGUUUAAAAAUGUGGACACAAUCAUAAUAUGGAGAAGAUCAGAACAAAGGACGCAUGUUGGAAACAGCGCUGAAGUAUCACAAAGAAAAAUUUGUACUAUUAGAACUCCGGUUUGGAUAUGACAUGAUAAUCCUCUUAUGUCUGGAGAUAUAUUAAUGUGUUUGAUUGGUUCUGGUCAAUGUUUAUAAGUACUUAUCACUUUAUUGAGCAUAAGGCAUUGUAACGAGGUGAAGUCCAUAGAACUUUGCAACAUAUAAUCACUGCAACGACAUAAGUGACCUACAGAGAACAAUUACACUGUAUUUCCAUGGUCCAUAUAUCUAUAUUUUAUAUGGUUCAUAUUGAGGUCAUUGUUUUUAACAAAUUUGUUUAGGCUUUUCAACACAAAUGAAAAUCCUUCUGGCAAGGAUGAGAAAAAGAAGCUAAUAUUGUACAAUAUUUUGUCCUUUUAGCCUAAUUAUAGCAGAACUCUUACAUCGCUCCAGUUGACUGUGCCUCAGCUUUACUGUGCAGUGUUGUCAAAUCAAUGUGAAGAAUACCAACUUCAGCUCUGGUAGCUGAAAGACACUUUUUCUAGUAAUGAUUAUGAAACCUGUUAGAUUUCUUUAUAACUGACAACAUAUUGAUGAGUAACUCAGCGCCACGGCAGCCUUUAAAUUACUAUACAAAGCUGUAGGAAUACCUAGGAAAAAAGUAUGUUUAGCCAAAGAAUCACAGUAUAAGAUACCAGUCUGAUUUGUGAUCUGCGUACGACACCUGUAGUAUUAUCUUGGUUUUAAGAUCAUUAUAGAAAUAAUUAUCUGUUUACAGUUAUGUCAUUCUGUUACAAUCAGAAGAGUAUUAUAUUAAAAUGAUAGUCUAAAAGUAGAGCUCAGUUGGUGGUGAUAGCCAUUGUAUUUUGUAUGAGCCCAUUUCGCUAUGACAUUGUAAACUAUGGGAUUACUUUUGCAUAAACAUCAGAAGUUAA